CUAGAUGGCGUACAAGUUUAUUUAUAGACAAGCAGUCUAAUGCUGUCAAAGUCGGGGUAAAUUUUCUUGGUAAUGUUAAAAUCAAAGAAAUAUCUUCGUGGAUAAGGAGACAUGGAUAAACUGUCGAAACCACAAAUAAUCUGUCACAUUGAAAAAUCGGUAGAUUAUUCGUUAUUUGAUGCGAAGUGGAUACCAUGCAGCGCAAAGUUCGUAGUUAUGGGCUCUCGACCUCGUGGUACCGGUAUUAUACAGAUUUAUGAAGUAUCUAGUGGUGAAUUAAAGCUCGUCAAGGAUAUAGAGAGAUCCAAUCAGAUCAAGUGCGGAACGUUCAAAGCUUCCAGUCUGCGUGAUAGAUUCUUAGCUACUGGUGAUUUCAAGGGUAAAUUGAAUAUUUACAAUUUAGAAGAUCCUUCGAUACCAGUUUAUACAGCAAAUGCUCACACACAGAUUAUAAAUGCCAUUGACGGAGUGGCAGGUGCCAGUAUAGGAUGUGGAGCACCCGAAUUAGUAACUGGAUCCAGAGAUGGAAGUGUAAAAGUGUGGGAUCCUAGGCAAAAGAAUCGACCAGUCGCUGUUAUGGAACCAAAGGAAGGGGAAAGUCGACGGGACUGUUGGUCAGUUGGAUUUGGCAAUUCUUACAAUUCUGAAGAAAGAGUAGUAGCAGCGGGAUACGAUAAUGGAGAUGUUAAAAUGUUUGACUUAAGAGCUAUGUCGCUAAGAUGGGAAAGUAAUUUGAAAAAUGGAGUUUGUGGACUUGAAUUUGACCGAAAGGAUAUUCCCAUGAAUAAAUUGGUCGCUACUACAUUAGAAUCCAAAUUUUAUCUCUUUGAUUUGAAGACUCAGCAUCCUAAGAAAGGUUUUGCCUAUCUUGUUGAAAAGGCGCACAAGUCAACAGUAUGGCUGGUUAAGCACUUGCCACAAAAUCGUGAAUUAUUCGCAACGUGUGGCGGUGGAGGAACGAUCUGCCUUUGGAAAUAUAAUUAUCCAGAAAAAAGAAAAACUACCGAUGCUGAUGGGAUUGAACAAGGCGUUACGGGUAAUGUCAGUUUACUACAAAACUGUACGCUCUCGACACAACCUAUUAGCUCUUUGGAUUGGAGCCCGGACAAACAGGGGCUUGCCGUUUGCACAUCGUUUGAUCAAUGCUUACGCGUUAUCAUCACUACAAAACUGAAUACGUAUUGAUUAAACAAUGGAAGGUACUUGUAAAUAAGCCUAUGUAAUGACGAAAGUUCACAACUUUUAUUUUAUACGCUUAAGAUAGUCAUUAUUAAAGAGUUAAUUUUAUAUACAACUUUAUCAAAUCUUCAUCACGAAACGGUUAAGUAGGAAUAAAAAAAAUUUCAUUAAAAAUUCGUUUUAUCAAAUGGCACCUCGGUGUUGCGAUUGAAUUCGAGAUAUCGAUUUCUCAUUCGCAUAAGCAAGAUGCAUUUAUACAACGAAACGACGGGCAGACAAGAGCGAAUUAUAUGUCAUUGGGCCAAUCUAUUUAGAAUCGGACCCUUAUUAAGCAUCGGCCAUCUUGCGCAUGAUCAUGGAUGUUACGCAAUAUCGCGCGCGCGACGUCCGCCAUUUGAGAUGCGUUCAAGCCCACGCGUUGUCGCUUGCACCUCCAUUGCAUCGCGCAAGGGCGCAGCAUUGCAACCGCGCACGCAAGGUCAGGAAUACCUAGACUUUAAUUACAUAAAUUAACCAUCGCCAAGUCCAUCUUUCGUCCGCUCGUCGUGAUAUACGUUGAUGCUAUUAAAUUCCCUGCCCAUUUCAUUUAAUCCUGUCCAAUCCCCAGGUCCAAUAAAAAUCUGAAUGUAUAUCUUGUCCUUUGAUUUUGUUUCAUUUUAAAUAUACUGAUUAAGAGAGAGUGCAAAAUAUUUAAUUACAACAAUCGCGUGUAAUUCACGAUCCAACAUCGUGGAUCUAUUUUUAUUAAAAAUUUUUCUCUCCAUCAUUCCGAAAA